UGUCCCGCGCCGGAGCCGGCCCCGUAGCUUGCCAUGGCCUGCUACAUCUACCAGCUGCCCUCCUGGGUGCUGGACGACCUGUGCCGCAACAUGGACGCGCUCAGCGAGUGGGACUGGAUGGAGUUCGCCUCCUACGUGAUCACAGACCUGACCCAGCUGCGGAAGAUCAAGUCCAUGGAGCGGGUGCAGGGUGUGAGCAUCACGCGGGAGCUGCUGUGGUGGUGGGGCAUGCGGCAGGCCACCGUCCAGCAACUUGUGGACCUCCUGUGCCGCCUGGAGCUCUACCGGGCUGCCCAGAUCAUCCUGAAUUGGAAACCGGCUCCUGAAAUCAGGUGUCCCAUUCCAGCCUUCCCUGACUCUGUGAAGCCAGAAAAGCCUUUGGCAGCUUCUGUAAGAAAGGCUGAGGAUGAACAGGAAGAGGGGCAGCCUGUGAGGAUGGCCACUUUUCCAGGCCCAGGGUCCUUUCCAGCCAGAGCCCACCAGCCGGCCUUUCUCCAGCCUCCUGAAGAAGAUGCCCCUCAUUCCUUGAGAACCGACCACCCCACUUUGUCUGAUUCAAAGGACUUCAGCACCUCCAUUCCUAAGCAGGAAAAACUUUUGAGCUUGGCUGGAGACAGGCUUUUCUGGAGUGAGGCAGACGUGGUCCAGGCAACCGAUGACUUCAAUCAAAACCACAAAAUCAGCCAGGGGACCUUUGCUGACGUCUACAGAGGGCACAGGCACGGGACGCCAUUCGUCUUCAAGAAGCUCAGAGAGACAGCCUGUUCAAGUCCAGGAUCAAUUGAACGAUUCUUCCAGGCAGAGCUGCAGAUUUGUCUUAGAUGCUGCCACCCCAAUGUCUUACCUGUGCUGGGCUUCUGUGCUGCAAGACAGUUUCACAGCUUCAUCUACCCCUACAUGGCAAAUGGUUCCCUACAGGACAGACUGCAGGGUCAGGGUGGCUCCGACCUCCUCCCUUGGCCCCAGCGUGUCAGCAUCUGCUCAGGGCUGCUCUGUGCCGUCGAGUACCUGCAUGGUCUGGAGAUCAUCCACAGCAAUGUCAAGAGCUCUAAUGUCUUGCUGGACCAAAAUCUCACCCCCAAACUUGCUCACCCAAUGGCUCACCUGUGUCCUGUCAACAAAAGGUCAAAAUACACCAUGAUGAAGACUCACCUGUUCCGGACAUCAGCCGCGUAUCUGCCAGAGGAUUUCAUCCGGGUGGGACAGCUGACAAAGCGAGUGGACAUCUUCAGCUGUGGAAUAGUGUUGGCUGAGGUCCUCACGGGCAUACCUGCAAUGGAUAACAACCGAAGCCCGGUUUACCUGAAGGACUUACUCCUCAGUGAAAUUCCAAGCAGCACCGCCUCGCUCUGCUCCAGGAAGACGGGCGUGGAGAACGUGAUGGCAAAGGAGAUCUGCCAGAAGUACCUGGAGAAGGGCGCAGGGAGGCUUCCGGAGGACUGCGCCGAGGCCCUGGCCACGGCUGCCUGCCUGUGCCUGCGCAGGCGUAACACCAGCCUGCAGGAGGUGCGUGGCUCUGUGGCUGCUGUGGAAGAGCGGCUCCGACGUCGGGAGACGUUGCUCCCUUGGAGUGGGCUUUCUGAGGGUACAGGCUCUUCUUCUAACACCCCAGAGGAAACAGACGACGUUGACAAUUCCAGCCUUGAUGCCUCCUCCUCCAUGAGUGUGGCACCUUGGGCGGGGGCUGCCACCCCACUUCUCCCCACAGAGAAUGGGGAAGGAAGGCUGCGGGUCAUCGUGGGAAGGGAGGCCGACUCCUCCUCUGAGGCCUGUGUUGGCCCGGAGCCUCCCCAGGAUGUUACAGAGACUUCGUGGCAAAUUGAGAUCAAUGAGGCCAAAAGGAAACUGAUGGAGAACAUUCUGCUCUACAAAGAGGAGAAACUGGACAGCAUUGAGCUCUUUGGCCCCUGAUGACCGGAACACAGCUGAGGACCCUUGUCCUCAAUUGGAAAGAUGAGCAUCAGAUCAAGAAAAAGGUCUGAGGCAGAAUCCAAGAUCUGCCAGGAAACACACAACAAAACAUCUGCUGUCCUGGGUGGGAGGGAAACUUCAUUUCACUGGAAAGAGUUGGGAGAGAAAGGCCCUCAGCUUUUAGAGACACAAAAAUCCAUGAAGUCUCUUCCUUUCUGGGCUUUGUUAGUCAGAGGAUGGGAUCAGAGGAGACUGAAGCAGAAACCCUGCACACGGGCGCAGGAUGUGGCUGAUUUUGUGGUUCCGGGGAGUGUGUGAUCAUAACCACCCCAGCAGAUUCCAUUACCUCAGCAGCUCUUGUUCCCCCACCACUAGCAGUUCUGCAAUGCCAUAGCAUUUUCCAGAGCUAAGAUCUCUGGGAUGUAUUUGCUGACAGCCUGCAAGCUUGCAUGCUCUGAAAGAUUUUUUUUAGUUUUUAUUUUAAUUUUUUUGUAGAGAUGGGGUCUCGCU